AUGAAUCUUUUAUUGUUCAGUCAGAAAGGCAUAAAGAGCGGAUGGUUGCCGCCUCCUCCUGCCCUCCCUCCUCGACCAUCGACCUCACAGGUUUCUCAGUUCAUCGGCGUUUCAGAGAAAACUCCCCAGAAAAAAGUGCAGCAGCCGAACUUUGCUGACUUCAGUCACUUCAGAGAAGAGGAGGCGAGCAGCAUGAAACCAGAGGAUCAGGGUCAAGACCUGGCAACCCCUUCAAAACAGGACAUGAUUGGAGUUCCUCUCAGUCAGGCGCCACAGAAGCCGGUCCGCAGGAAAUACCAUGCAGAGAGCCAGAACCUGGAGGCCACGCCCCCACCUGCCGCGCCGUUUCCUACUCCAACCAAACCUGCUCAGAGGCUGCUGUCCAAACAGAAGAGGGAGAUCCAGACGGCAAUCCGUAAAAACAAAGAGACCAACGCCGUGUUGACGCGCCUCAACAGCGAGCUCCAGCAGCAGCUCAAGGUCAGCAUGUCUUCUUGUUUCUACACAUGCAACCGUCCCAGUAUUCUGUGUGUGAACGGGUGUGGACCGCAUUAGUGGCUGACCACAGCGGCUUCCUGACAUUCCCUGCCCUCCUACGUCCUCCGGGGGGAAGAGAACCAGCUCCCCAGCUCGUAGAGGAGAGACUCGCACAAAAAGUGCUCAAAUUGUCGGCAGUUGAAUUCUGCGCUUGUAGCUCUGCUGGUUGCUAGAAGUCUCUGUCGUACUAGAGAUAAGGCAGUAGUAGAAUCAAGAAAAGCUGAAUUUAACUGCACAACAGCGGCUAGCAAAGACAACAAGGUCAGCAACGCCUGUAAUCCGUUGUCCAUGUUGAAUUAACCCGGUAGUCACUCAGUUAUCGAGGCUGAUGUCGUUUGUUUUCCUUCGGCAGCAUAACGAAUCAUGGAAAGACACUUUUUGAUUGCUAAUUUCAUCACAACUGAAUCAAUAUUAUGUUACUGCAUG